AUGCCUCAAGACCGGGAGUUAGUUUACAACUUUGUCCGCUCCCUUCGUACGCCCAUCAAGGUCAAGGGGUGUGCACCGCAAGCUCACUUGGACCAAGGUCGACGAGAAGGGGUUCGAUUAGAUGGCGGUACUUUGACCAAGGUGUGCUUCUCGUGCAAGUACCAAGAAGGUCAUUGUCGACACCGUAUAUUUGAUUUCCUUCAUCCUUCGCCACCGUCCGGGAACAGACCUGAGGAGCAAGCUUGUGUUGCAGUGCGAAGAAGCGAAGAAAAUAUACUUAUCGGAGACAAGGCACCAUUGACGAAUAUUGAACAAGAUCUACUGAAUGGCCAUAUGGAUUGA